AAGUUUGACGAUCGUACUGAAAUCAUCAACGAGCUCCAAGAGCAAAUCGCUGAACUAGAAACGCUUGUGAAAAGACAGAAAAGAACAAUCACUAAUCAGAGCAAGGCGAUUUCCGAUCCGAGAGUCCAUCGCCCCAUGGUGCUGCCAGGCAUACCCAUGUAUCCUUUGACACCGCAGCAUCCGGGACCUAGCAUGAUUUCCACACCGUUUCAGACCCCUUAUUCAGGUUACUCCCAAUCGGAAAACUCACAGUCUGGACAGUCUGGGUUUUCGCAGACCUCGAGUAUCUAUGAUAACCCCCCGCCGACCUUUGGGCCUCUUGUCAGCAUUUCACAGUCGAUCUGUACCGGUGCCGCACAUCGAGAAGUUCCUGCAUCGGGUUCUGACCCAUUUGGCCCUUCGGCUCAAGCUGUCCCAAACCAUGCUCAGGUUCCUGACCCUCGCGACAAGUGCAAGUGCCCGCAUGUAUGUGAUCUCUUUGAUCCCGACGCUGCCAUCUCGGAGCUUUCGGUUCGAUUUCGCGAUUUGUGGAACCGCGUGGAAAAUUGGGCGUAUACCCAUGCCAACUUCCCAUGCAUUCGAAAGGACAGCAAUCUGGAGCCACAGACAAAGGAGUAUAUCAUGGCCCUGGCCGAUAGAUCCCAGGCGUCCGCUCUUCUUGGAGCCUCAUCUACCAGGUACUGUCUUGUGGCCAAGGCAAUCAAUUUCUACCUCGUGCAUGAGGUUUUCAACGUCAGUAUCGCAAGAGACUUCGACGCCCUUGGAUCUCAGGAGAUUGGCGAGAUUCAGAAACAGCUUGCAGCCGAUACCCCGUUUCUUGUCCGCCAACUCGCCGUUUUGGCAAUGAUGGCUCGCACCAAGGGUGUCAUAGAAACCCCGGGGUUUGCUGUCUUCUAUCAAGAAAAAUGCAACACGCACGGGGCAAAGCUGUGGCAAUACGUCGGACCUCUUGCCCACGAUCCCAGCGAGUCGGAUCAACAGGCGUGGCAGGAGCUCAUCAACAUCGUCGGCGAAGCUCAGCUGCUCGCGACGGACAUGUAUCUGGCCCCGUUCGAAUACAACUUCGAUUUUCCGGGGCUGAACGAGCCCUUCGAUCCUACCACCAUGAUCAACCACGAUAUGUAUAUCCGCGGAAACCCCCAGGGACUCAAAAACAAUGACUUCCGGGUGCGACUGGGAGUGACUCCGAUUACUAGAAUUCGCAACAUUUCGGUCAGCCCGGCCGAUGUCAAGUUAGUGUAUCUGGCGAGUGUGUUGUUGAAGCCUGCUCCUCGAGUUGGACGGUCUCCUGCGAAGAAGUGA